UAUUGCCCUCUUAAAUGGUUCCAAAUUCAACACAAAAUUCCACAAGGGCACAGCUAGCUUCUCUCUCCAACAAUAUUAUUUUUUCUAAAAAAGAAAUUAUUUAAAAUCAAGAAUCAACAGAAACACAAAAAAUAAAACUUGUUUCCUUCCCCUCUCUCUCUCUCUCUCUCUCUCUCUCUCUCUUCCCUUUCAUGGAGCAACACCCACCUACCAUUUUCAUUGCUCCUAAUCCUCCACCUUUCCCUGCACCACCGAGAAGUGUAGAUUUAUCUCCUCUUGAAUUCAUCCUUGCUUUGAUAGCUGUUAUCGCUAUACCCGCCUUGAUCUACACUUUCUUUUUCUCUAUCAAGUGUCCUCCUGGCCCUUUCAGGAGUCGCCGGCGUCACCGGACUGAUUCUGAUGAGUUCUUCGCUAGCAGUAACGACGACAACAACAGCAGCCCAAGUGAGAAUAAGGAUGGUGUCUCAGAUGUCAAGUAUCAGAAAGAUACACAUGUUAAAGAUAUUGGCAGUGAGUGUCCAGUUUGCUUGUCUGUUUAUGCUGAAGGUGAAGAAGUUAAACAAUUAAGUAGCUGCAAGCAUUCAUUCCAUGCUUCUUGUAUCGACAUGUGGUUGAAUUCUCACUCCAAUUGUCCUGUUUGUCGGGCUUCUGUUCCUGUCAAGAAGCCUAACAAUAAUAAUAAUAAUAAUAAUAAUAACAACAACACUGGGUCGUCGAAUAAUGUUUCAUCAGCAAGAUCAAGAGAUGCCAGUGAUUUCCACCAAGGUUUGCCCGAUGCUGCCAAUUUGGUUUAACUAGAUCUGGUUAUAGCUUCGUUAAUCAAUCUUCUUGUUUUGUUCUUGGUUCAGUUUCUGCCUUUUUCUUGAAAGGAAAAUCUCAGUGCUGUUUUUGAAGGAUGAGAAAUUGAUUCUUUAGUAAGCAGUUAGAUAGAGUAGAAGGAUUUUUCCCAGAAAAUGACCUCCAAGUUGAAGAACAUGGAGCAGAUUAAAAGUAGAAAUUGAAAAUACAGAUCAUAGAUGCCAUUCUUGUUUCCUUUUUGGCUAAAGAUUCCUAAUGUGAUUUCAUUUCUUUUCA